AUGAAAACUAUUGUAGAAAAAGUAAAGCGUGGUCAUCCACCAAGAUCCUCAAAACCCCAAGAAACUGUUGCUAAAUCUUCUUUGAAAAUUCAAGCGAAAGUUUCAAAAUCUUCAUCUAAAACAAAACCAGUAUUAAAAGACAAUAAUGAAGAUAAUGAUAAUAGCGAUGAUAGACAAUAUAAUGAUAUAUAUACUUUAGAUUAUGAUACUUAUUACAACGAUAAUGAAGAAUUUCAAUUGG